AUGUGGAGAUGGUGGAGAAGCAGUGGUAUGGUGAUGAAGCAAGUGGUUGGUAGCAACCACCUUGGGAAGCCCAACAGCCCCUACCCAUGUAUUGGGCAGGUGUUUGGAUUAAAGGGUUUUGCAAAACAAGAAUGUGGGUUGUUGACAAAUCCGGCAAUAUCUUCAUCAGCACUUGUACCCAGAAGGACACUGUCAUCUUCUGAUGAUUUCAAUGGAGGAGGAGAGAUCAACAGAGGAGGAGGAGGAGAGACCAUAUCUUUUGCAGAGGCCAAGAGGCUGAUGAGGCUUGUCAAUGUGGAGGCUUUGAAGAUGAGGCUUGGUGCUGAAGGAAAAGAGGCCAUACCAUAUUCUGAUCUUAUUGAAGCCUGUCAAAGCAUUGGGGUUGCCAGAUCUCCAGAGGAGGCUGCAGCUUUUGCUCGAGUGCUUGAUGAGGCUGGUGUAAUCCUUCUCUUUCGGGACAAGGUCCUCCUUCAUCCUAAUAGGGUUGUGGAGCUGGUUCAAAGAGCAGUACCCCUUGUCCUGACUCCUGAAGAUGACCCCAUGUGGGAGGAGUUAAAGGUGCUGCAGGAGAAGAAGGAAGAAAUUGAUGUGCAGGCACAUAAGCAGGUUCGGCGCAUUCUCUGGUCUGGUCUGGUGCUAGUUGUGGCACAGCUCGGGCUCUUUUUCAGGCUAACAUAUUGGGACUUCUCGUGGGAUGUAGUGGAACCACUUGCAUAUUUCACAACAACAACUUGCAUAGGCAUAGGCUAUGCCUACUUCUUGAUCACUUCAAGAGAUCCGACUUACCAAGAUCUGAUGAAGAGGCUUUUUCUCAGGAGGCAGAGGAAACUCAUCAAGAGGCAUAAUUUUGAUGUUGAAAGAUUCAAAGAGAUACAGAAAAAAUGCGGCACGCCUCUACAUGCGAGUGCCUCAAUUAAGAAUCGGGUAGGCAUGGAAGUGGAGCUGGACGAUGCUUUGCAUAGGGAGUAA